GACUUCGCCACUCCAUUCCGCUCCCUGGCGCGUCUCAUUGCCAGCGACUAAAAAGUUAUUUCAGCUCAAUAUCCAGUUAUUAGGUAAUGGCUUUUGUCGUUUUUCGGCGUUGGAGACUUUUUACAGACGCUGCUUUUAAGACAACAAAUGUUGGACAAGCAUAUUUGGUACAUAAAAGCUACAGAACUUCAGGCGAAACAGAAAGCACCUCUACUGGGGCCUCUGCGCGGCAAAAUGUGGUCUCGGAGCGACACGGGUCAGUGGUUGCCGUGGCAAUAAAUCGCCCCCAGGUGCGAAACGCGGUGGACCGAGAGACGGCCCGGAGACUCCUUGAGGAGCUGAAGGCCUUCGACUCCGACGACCAACUCAGUGUGGCGGUGCUCCACGGCCAAGGAGGGAAUUUCUGCGCUGGUUACGAUCUGAAGGAGCUGGCCAAUCACACGGCUGCCCUCAAAUUGGAGCAAGAUGUCACCAAGAGUCCCGGUCCAAUGGGCCCGUCCCGCCUGCAGCUCUCCAAGCCCCUGAUAGCGGCGGUCAGUGGCUACGCGGUGGCGGGGGGUCUUGAGCUGGCCCUGCUCGCCGACCUGAGGGUGGUGGAGGAGAGUGCAAUCAUGGGGGUCUUCUGUCGCCGCUUCGGGGUUCCACUGAUCGACGGGGGUACGGUUCGACUCCCGCGUCUCAUCGGCCUGUCCCGGGCCCUGGACCUCAUCCUGACCGGCCGUCCAGUGGGGGCCCAGAAAGCGUUGGCCUUCGGGCUGGCUAACAGGGUGGUCCCCGACGGCCAAGGUCUGCAGGUAGCUCUAGAGUUGGCCGAGCAGAUCAGCUCGUUCCCUCAGUUGUGUCUCCGCGCUGACCGCGCCUCGGCCAUCUACAGCAGCUACGACGCACCCUCCUUCUCCAAGGUAUAUUCCACCCUUUGACCUUUCACCUUUCACCUUAAACACCCUGCUCCACUGUCGCUAAGAAGGCGAUGCUACCUGAAGAUAUGCAUGCUAUGCUUCUUCUUUGAGAUAACAUAAAGUUGUAUUUUCAAGAUUGAGUGUCUGAGUGUGAUUGUAUCGUCUGAGUGAAAUGUUGACAUUCUCUAGCUUUUUGUAGGAUUUUUCUUUUUAAAU